AUGGAUGAACAGUUACAAUAUCGUGCAACAAUACUUUCACUUCCAAAAAAUAUUAAAACGCGACUAAAUAUUUAUGGUUACAAACCAACAUUACAAGUAGGUGAGCAACGGGUAAGAGCGUCAGGAAGAUGUCAAUUUUGUGACCGCCAACGUGACAGAAAAACUACAAAAGUAUGCACUAACUGUGCAAAACUUAUAUGCAGAGACCACUUAGUAGAAGUAUGUCCAGAGUGUUUCAGUGAGAUGUAA